UCGGAUGGGCAGGCGUCUGCCUCUCUAAAGCACAUAGGCCAGCAGCCAUCUGUCCGUCAGAGCUGCAGAUUACGAAUGCAACCAGAGAGAGAGAGAGAGAGAGCACUACUCUCUUCGCGAAAGCAGGACUGUAGUAGCACGCAUAGGCGGUGCGCUUUAAAGUGGGAAGUUUCGAAAAGGAUUCUGUAUAUAUCAGCACCUCCAUGUCGGCUCUGCUGGAUAUUUACACACCGAUGCUAUGGUUACCUUUAUUACGAUCUUACAGGUGAAUCUAGUGAUGUCCAUGUUGCUGUAUGUGUUGUUCCUAGCUUACCUCUACGGUAUCCAGGCAACGCACAUGGAGCGCCAGCAGCCCCCGCCCACCCAGGACCCCAUCAACUCCCUCAUCAUCCAGCUGCUGCAGGCGGACCUGACCCGCGGCCGGGGGAGGCAGGGUGAGGGCCAGGACAGGCAGGCCCAGGACACAUUGCCACCGUUGGGCCUGCUCGCCAUUGACACCCCGCUGGACGACAGUAGAUUCCUGGAGAGGCGCAGCUCGCUGUACCAGCCCAGGUCGUCUGACCUGCUGGAGCAGCAGAAACACUACAACUCUCCCCGGGUCCUGCUGAGUGAGCGGGCGCCCCUGCAGCCUCCUCCGCUCUACUCUAUAGAUGACUACGUGGGCAGCUCUGACAGAACCAACAAGACCCGCAGGAAGAGAUACGCUGAACACAAGAGUUACCGCGGGGAGUACUCCGUCUGUGACAGCCAAUCACAGUGGGUGACAGACAAGACGAAUGCGGUGGACAUCAGGGGUCGUCAGGUCACCGUCCUGGAUCAGAUAAAGAUGGGAACCGCUGAAAGCAACUUUGUGAAGCAGUACUUCUAUGAGACCAAGUGUCGGACUGCCAAACCUUUUAAGAGCGGCUGUCGCGGCAUCGAUGACAAACACUGGAACUCGCAGUGUAAGACCUCUCAGACGUACGUCAGAGCUCUGACGCAGGACCGUACCUCUGUGGGCUGGCGCUGGAUACGGAUAGACACUUCCUGUGUCUGUGCGUUGUCACGGAAACACCGCAGGACGUAAACACACAACCCGACCAUAGACAUUAUGGAAUAUAUUUCCUUAUUGUGAAGGGGGGGCUGUACAUAUAAAUUAUUAUUUAAGUUAUGUGAAAUACAUGUCGUUUCUACAUGGCUAUAUAUGAUAUAUAAAUAUAAUUGUUAUUUAUUGAAGUCAUCAUCAAAGGAAAAAAUAAAAUAAAAAAUUAACCAAGAACUCCUAACAUGCGGCUCCACAGCCACCACACAGCCUAGCAUCUUCAGACUCAGACCAUGGAGCUGGACAGUACAGCCUAGCAUCUUCAGACUCAGACCAUGGAGCUGGACAGUACAGCCUAGCAUCUUCAGACUCAGACCAUGGAGCUGGACAGUACAGCCUAGCAUGGAGAGACUCUACCAUUGCGCUGGACAGUACAGCCUAGUGUGGAGAGACUCUACCAUGGGGCUGGACAGUACAGCCUAGCAUGGAGAGACUCUACCAUUGCGCUGGACAGUACAGCCUAGUGUGGAGAGACUCUACCAUGGGGCUGGACAGUACAGCCUAGUAUGGAGAGACUCUACCAUUGCGCUGGACAGUACAGCCUAGCAUGGAGAGACUCUACCAUUGGGCUGGACAGUACAGCCUAGCAUCUUCAGACUCAGACCAUGGAUCUGGACUGUACAGCCUAGCAUGGAGAGACUCUACCAUGAGGCUGGACAGUACAGCCUAGCAUGGAGAGACUCUACCAUUGGGCUGGACAGUACAGCCUAGCAUGGAGAGACUCUACCAUUGGGCUGGACAGUACAGCCUAUUGUGGAGAGACUCUACCAUUGGGCUGGACAGUACAGCCUAGUAUGAAGAGACAACGUGCCUUGUUGAUAUACCUAGGGCAGCAGAUGAAAAAUAAGAUCACUAGGGGAUAUGACAUCACCAGGUGUGGAGUAGGGGAUCUACACUGUCAUUCAGCUCAUUCUAUGACAUCACUGCUCUGACUGUUGAAAACAGAAAUCUGGUCCAAAUGUUAUUGUGGACUAAAUAUGUACUGUCUGGAUGUAUGGACAAACCACUGUCUGGAUGUAUGGACAAACCACGAACAUGUACGGGUAUUCGACAGACCUGCUGACAUACGACAGACCUGCUGACAUACGACAGACCAGACAUGUUUGGGUUUUCCAUGAUGUAGUAACUAAAGGUUUUGCUGUAUCAUCCAGGCUCAAUACAUGAGGUCUGAUAUGGUACUUUGUUACCAGGCCUCUGGCCUGGAAGAGCUGUGGCUGUAGGGAGGCUGGGCAGUAUGUAUAGAGCACAUGGAGCAGGUCUGUCUGGCCUCAUUAGGUCAUGUUCCGCUAAUGUUAUCAGGACCAAAGCCUCUCAGCCCCCUCCUCUCCCUGUUAAUCUGGUCCUGUCUGACCGUCUCCAACCUCUAACCCGAAACCCAACGUCUAAGCCUAAAGCCACCUCCACUCUCUAAGCCUAAAGCCAGCUCCACUCUCUAAGCCUAAAGCCACCUCCACUCUCUAAGCCUAAAGCCAGCUCCACUCUCUAAGCCUAAAGCCACCUCCACUCUUUAAUCCUAAAGCCACCUCCACUCUCUAAGCCUAAAGCCACCUCCACUCUCUAAGCCUAAAGCCACCUCCACUCUCUAAGCCUAAAGCCACCUCCACUCUCUAAGCCUAAAGCCACCUCCACUCUCUAAGCCUAAAGCCACCUCCACUCUCUAAGCCUAAAGUCACCUCCACUCUCUAAGCCCUAAAGUCACCUCCACUCUCUAAGCCUAAAGCCACCUCCACUCUCUAAGCCUAAAGCCACCUCCACUCUCUAAGCCUAAAGCCACCUCCACUCUCUAAGCCUAAAGCCACCUCCACUCUCUAAGCCUAAAGCCACCUCCACUCUCUAAGCCUAAAGCCACCUCCACUCUCUAAGCCUAAAGCCACCUCCACUCUCUAAGCCUAAAGCCACCUCCACUCUCUAAGCCUAAAGCCACCUCCACUCUCUAAGCUUAAAGCCAACUUCUAACCCUGGUGAAUGCUCACCUCUAUGUUUGGUGAUACCCUGCCCUGAGAACAGUGGAACAGUAUGAUAGACCCUAGUAGAACCUGGUAGAACCUGGUAGAAUCUCAGAACCUGGUAGAAUCUAGUAGAACCCGAGUGAACCCAGUAGAACCUGAUAGAGCUCUGUGAUGUCCAGGGCAAGCAGCAGGUAGGUUGAGGUGUUGAGGCAGGUUAGCAGGUAGGUAGCAGGUAUCAGGCUCACAUCAGGCUGUGCCAUAGCUAAUGACAUGGUGUCUUAGGGAGUGGAAAGCUGCCUAAGGAUAUGUUCAUAUGUGCAGAGCUAGGAUUGAAACCCCUAAGCUACCCUGUAAGAUGCUUUACGACAGGCCAAUCCCAGCUUCAGAUCACUGUCUGUCGGGUGGGCUUUUACCUAAAUCAUGCAUUGAUGUCAUUUGUAAGUCUGGAGGACAGAGUUGUGUGUUGCGUAAGACCUCAGACUUCCUGUCGGGUACGAGGUCAGACAGCAAUGCCAGAGAGCUAUUCAUAAGACUUCCAGGUCAGAGGUUAGAGUUUAGAGGUCAGUUGGUUCAGGCUCAGACACUAAAUCUGACACCUGUCUAUCAAACAAACAACCCAGACCCCUAACCCUACCUCACUAACCCUGACCCCUAACCCUACCUCAGUAACCCUACCUAACCCUGACCCCUACCUCACUAACCCUACCUCACUAAC